UUGAAGUUGGAAAGAAAGAUGUUCACUCUUUAUAGCAUAAAUGGACAGAGUUCAAAAAUUGAGUGGCUGGUUGUUCAACGGCCAGGCUGUUCUAGUUCUGAAGAAGCAAUUUCAUGUAGGCCAUCAUACCAGAGGCGAAAUAGGCCUACUCGCCAACAUCAUUCAACAUCUCCAACCAGAUUGUACCGCCAGUGUAGAACAUGACUUGUGUGACAAGCAAGAAGCCCAAGAUGUCAGCUUUCCAAGAUCACUCAGAGGGCAGGAGCUGAAAGGCACUUGUUUGGGCUUAAAUCGUGGGAUUUCGUUAUCAGUUGCAAAAAUUGAGUGUCAACUUAGGUGGAAAGAGUGGAAUCUUCAACAGGGCAAGGGCUCGUGGACCUUCUUUAAGUAGUAGGGCUUUUCACAAAGAUAAAAAACUUAAUGGUUAGAUUAGAUACACCCAGUUCAAUCUAAAGAAACAGAGCAAUGGACACUUGACGUUGUUCCUCCUGUCUUUGC